AUGUCGAAAGAAUUAUUUAACUAUAUAUUUGAUUCGAAUGAUAGUGUUCCUUUGAAAUCUGAAUCGAUAUUUCUUCGAGAUGAUUUAUCUCGAAUACCUGCUCCUAUUUGUUCUCAUUUAUGCAUACGACAUCGUCUACUUCGUCUUAAUUAUCAUAUUGCUUCGCCUCAUCAAUCACAAAUUGCUUUAUGCAGAAAACAUCUACAUAUACAUCGACAAGUAAAUGACGAUGAAAAACUAUUAUCUAUUUCAAAUAAAACUCCAGAUACGACUUCUGAUACUAAUCGAUUGAUCAAGAAAUCUGCCUCAAAACAAUAA